CCCCACUUCAUCCCCCAAAGGAGAGGCCGAAUACAUCUUGAGCAUUUCCUAUCGACCCCGGACUGGCGCGCAAAUGGCAUCCCAAACGUCGAUAUGAUAGUUAACGACCGUGGGGUACAGGCUGCGAGAUGGGCAAGCGCUUUCACGGCUCUGGGAUUCAUUGGAUUGGUGCUACGUCUGUGGACGCGUUUCACCAUCAUUAAGUCACCAGGGUGGGAGGACCUUGUACUCAUCAUAGCCUGGGGCGCCGGAACUGUCAUGACAAUUGCUGUUGGGCUUCAGACUCGGCAUGGACUGGGUGCACACGUACAAGAUAUUGACGGAAGAGAUACGGAAAUGAUGCUAUUUUAUCUGUACUUGAGCAUCAUUACAUAUUGCGCAUCGUUGGGUUUAGUCAAAGUUGCUAUACUAAUGAUGUACCGCCGCCUCUUUACCAUGCGAAAAUUAGGUACCUUCUGCCGGUAUCUCGCAUUUGUACUCUUCCUGUAUACGGCGGUGAACGUAGGGGGUUCUACCUUCACUUGCAUACCCAUACGAGCCUCGUGGACAAGGGAACCUGGGGCAAGAUGUGUAUCCAAUACGCAAUCGUGGUUGAUCACUGCGGUUACAAAUAUUAUCCUCGACUUGGUAAUUGUCAUACUACCCAUGCCUAUGGUGCGGCGCAUGAAUCUACCAGCAAGGGAGAAGCUGUUGUUGGCAGGUAUUUUUGCUUUGGGAGGCGUUGUCACUAUCGUCUCGAUCAUCCGUCUCGACUCUCUCAUGAUCAUGGCCCGCUCUUCAGAUCCUACAUAUGACAACGCAACCGUGGCAGUGAUCUCCGUUGUCGAGGUUCAAGUCGCCCUCAUCUGCUCUUGUCUAGCUACCCUACGGCCUUUACUUUCAAAAUGCGUCCCUGGAUUGGAUUCUAGACAUGGUGCUGGGAGUCACAGCCAGUGGGAUCGAUCGAUUCUAUCCGUUCCAGAGGGUGCGCCAGCUUUCACAGGGCGAUCAGACGACGAGGAAACGCUACGCUCUGCCUCCACGUACACGAAUCCUGGGAUGAAAGUACUCGUAGGGGCCUAUAGAAAGGAGGAAAGACUCUUCAGAUGGAGCCAACGAAAUAUAUAA